AAGAAGACGUAGAAAUCCAUGCCUACCUGAAAGGAAAGCAAUCACAGAACUUUAUGUUUUAACAUGAUUUAAUUGAUCGGUAGCUGAGAAGGAUACAAAACAGCUUCUGCCAAGAACAGAAAACAAAACCAGCAGCAGAUCUGGGUGCUUUGCACAAGGGGAAAAGGAUCUUUGAGUUGGCCAAGAGCGUCUUUGCCCUGUUCUGCUGAACUUAUACCCAUAGAAUGGAAUCAUUAAGGUUGGAAAAGCCCUCCAAGCUCAUCUAGUACAGCCGUCAGACAACCCCACCGUGGCGACUGAACCCUGUCCCCAGGUGCCAUGGCCACAUGGUCUUUGAACCUCUCUAGGGAUGGGAACUCCACCACUGCCCUGGACAGCCUUUGCCAGGGCUUCACCUCUCUUUCCAUGAAGGAAUUUUUCCCAAGGUCCAAUCUAAACCUCCCCUGGUUCAACUUGAGGCCACUUCCUCUUGUCCCAUCCCUUGUUCCUUGGGACAAGAGAUCAGCACCCACUUCACCACAACCUCCUUUCAGAAGGUUUAACUGGAUGAGUUCUGGCAGACUGUGGGGUCUGCAAAUGCUUCCUCAGGCUUGUACUUUAUCGAGAAAGCAGGAUGGUGCGCUUGGCUGCAGAUGGCUGAGCUGACGUCAAUGCACAGCAGAAAGCCCCAGAAGUUAACAGGAGAUUUGGUCAAUAAAGAAUUAAACGGUUGGGAUCAAAUUAAAUUAUGGCAAUCAGCACAGCUUUGCAGGAAACGGCCCUUGUCGACCAAACCUGAUUUCGUUUUCUGAUGAGGCGGCGAGUCGAGUCAAUCAAUGUGUGUGUUUGUGUACAGCACGGAGCAGAGUUGUUCAGAGGAAAGGUGCUUUCACUGGUGAUUUCAGGUGAGGAGCACGCACAACGCAACUUCUGCAGAGCUUCAGCAAAGUGGGUGAAGAACAGGAUGAUUAUAAAGACCUCAAAACGAAGCUGUUGGAGCCAUCACCACAAAGACCUUCUGUUUCUGCAGGCUGGCUCCAGGCUAGAGGUUAUUCUGUAUGGUUUCAUCAGCUGCCCCCAAAUCAGCACAAAUUUUGCUCAAAUAAUGCUGGGGAAAAUGUUCUGGUGGGGAGGCCCUGGUCCAGGUUGCCCCAGAAGUAGUGGCUGCCCCAUACCCGGAGGUGUUCGAAGCCAGGUUGGAUGGGGUUUGGAGCACCCUGAUCUAGUGGGAGGUGUCCCUGCCCAUGGCAGAGUGGGUGGAACUGGAUGGGCUUUGAUGUCUCUUCCAACCCAAAUCAUUUUGUGAUUCUAUGAUAACAGGUUCUGAAAGUUUUUCCCCAAAUAAAUGCAACAAAAUUACAGAAUCACAGAAUCACAAGGUUGGAAAGGACCCAUUGGAUCAUCGAGUCCAACCAUUCCUAACACUCCCUAAACCAUGUCCCUCAGCACUUCAUCCACCCGUUCCUUAAACACCUCCAGGGAAGGCGACUCGACCACCUCCCUGGGCAGCUGUUCCAGUACCCAAUGACUCUUACUGUGAAGAAUUUUUUUCUGAUAUCCAACCUGAACCUCCCCUGACGGAGCUUCAGGCCAUUCCCUCUUGUCCUGUCCCCUGUCACUUGGGAGAAGAGCCCAGCUCCCUCCUCUCCACAACCUCCUUUCAGGCAGUUGUAGAGAGUAAUAAGGUCUCCCCUCAGCGUCCUCUUCUCCAGGCUAAACAACCCCAGCUCUCUCAGCCGCUCCUCAUAAGACUUGUUCUCCAGCCCUUUCACCAGCUUUGUUGCUCUUCUCUGGACACGGUCCAGAGCCUCCAUAUCCUUCUUGUAGUGAGGGGUCCAGAACUGAACACAGUACUCAAGGUGCAGUCUCACCAGUGCUUUUGGCUUUUGGUUGCUCUUGGCUUUUCCUCCUUAUGGGCAUCCCUGGCCUGGAAGCUCUUCACAGGUGGAUUUCAAUCCCACUCUGCUUUACAUACAUCAUGACCUUGCUGGGAAAUAGCAUGGUCCUUCUUGCUGUGAAGCUGGACAAAAGCCUCCGUGAACCUAAGUAUUAUUUCAUUUCCAUAUUGGCUGUCAUCGACCUCAUCUUCUCAACUGCUGUAGUUCCCAAAAUACUGGAUGUGUUCUGGUUGGAUUCAAGAGAGAUUGGGUUUGAGGCUUGCUUCAUGCAGAAGUUCUUCAUCCACAUGUUCACUGCAGUGGAGUCAGAGGUGCUCUGGGCAAUGUCCUUUGACUGGCAUAUAGCCAUUUGCGACCCCCUGAGAUACACCACCAUUCUGACAAGCUCAAGGACCAUCCAGAUAGGACUGCCAUCUCUGGCCAGGGGAGCUGGUGUCAUGACGCCUUUAAUGUGUCUCCUCAUCAGCUUCCCCUACUGCAAAACCAGAGUCAUCCCUCACUCCUACUGUGAGCAAAUAGCAAUGGUGGAGCUGGCCUGUGCCGACCCUUCUGUCAGUGACCUCUACAGCCUCAUCACGGCAACACUAUUGGUGGGGACAAACUCUGUCUUCAUCACCUUCUCCUACGGUGUGAUCCUCAGGUCUGUGAUGAGGCUGCCAUCCCAAGAGGCUCAACUCAAGGCCCUCAGGACCUGUGGGUGCCAUGUUUUCAUCAUCUUGCUGUUUUACAUAGGUGGUCUGCUCUCCAUGUACCUCCAGAUGUUCUCUUUUGGCUUGGAAACUCACAUCCAAGUCCUGAUGGCUGAUCUCUAUUUGGUGGUCCCUCCCAUGCUCAACCCCCUCAUUUAUGGCAUAAAGAUGAAGCAGAUCCAGAAAGGGAUCUUCAGACUGCUGGGGCAGCUGGUAGGACUCAGCGUCUCAGGAGCUGAUGAAGACAGGUCAGAUGCUGUGAGAGGGAUGCAGCACCAGAAAAUAAGUUACCCCAUCCUGGAACAGGUGUGAAGUGCAAUAAAGUGGCCCCAGAAAUGUCCAUCUCUCUCCAGUGACUGGGAUCAUGGAACCAUAGAAUUGCUUGGCUGGAAAAGACCUUGAGAUCAUGGAGUCCAACUAUACCUGUCCACUACUCAACCAUCCCUGAACACAUCAUCUAUCUGGCUUUUAAACACCUCCAGGGAUGGAGACUCCACCACUGCCCUGGGCAGCCUCUGCCAGUGCCUGGGAACCCUUUCCAUGAAGAAAAUUUUCCCAAUAUCCAGUUUGAACCUGCCCUGGCGAAACUUGAGGCCAUUCCCUCUCACCCCAUCCCUUGUUUCUUGGGAGAGGAGACUAGCACCCACCUCACCACAAUCUCCUUUCAGGCAGCUGAAGACGGUGAUGAGGUCUCCCCUCAGCCUCCUCUUCUCUAGCCUAAACAACCCCAGGUCCCUCAGCCGCUCCCAUAACCUCUGCACUCCAGACCCUUCCCAGCUCCGUUCCCUUCUCCAGAUGUACUCCAGCCCCUCAAGGUCUUUCUUGGACUGAGGGGCCAGAACUGAACCCAGGAUUUGAGGUGUGGCCUCACCAGCACCGAGCUCAGGGCGAUGAUCCCUGCCCCGCUCCUGCUGGCUACUCCAUGGCUGAUCCAAGUCAGGAUGCUGUUGGCCUUCUUGGCCACCUGAGCCACUGCUGGCUUCCGUUCAGCCAUUGUCGACCAACAUCUGUCCUUCCCUGCCUGACAGAUUUGCAGACACUCUUCCACCGAUCGUUGGAGAACUGAUGGGGUUGUCGUGCCCCAAGUGCAGGACCUGGCAUUGGUCUGGUUGACCUCCAUCCCAUUGGCUUCAGCAAAUGGAUCCAGCUUGGCCAAAUCCCUUUGCAGAGCCUCUCUGCCCUCAAGCAGGUCAACUCCUCUGCCCAGCUUGGUGUCACCCCUAAACUGACUGAGGCAGCAUUCAGUCACCUUAUCCAGACCAUCAAUAAAGAUACCUAACAGAACCGGACCCAGCACUGAGUCCUACAGACACCACUUGUGACUGGCCUCCAACUGGAUUGAGCUCCAUUCCCCACCAUCUUUUGGGCCAGCCAUCAGCCAGUUCUUUACCCUGCAGAGUUCUCCUGGCCAGGAAAAUGGCAGCCAGUUUCUCAAGCAAAAUGCUGUGAGAAACGGUGUCCAAGGCUUUACUGAAGUCCACGUCCAUCAUAUCCACAGCCUUUCCCUUGUCAUCUAAGCAGUUCACCAUGUCAUAAAAGGAGAUUAAGUUAGUUUGGCAGGACCUGCCUUUCCUGAACCCGUGUUGACUGGGCACGGUCACCUGUGCAAUAGCCCUCAAGAUGCUCCAAGACCUUGCCCAGCACCGAGGUCAGGCUGACAGGCCUAUAAGGAAGAAAUGUUUCGCUCUGAGGGUGGGGAGGCCCUGGUACAGGUUGCCCAGAGAAGUGGUGGCUGCCACAUCCUUGGAGAUUUUGAAGGCCAGGUUGGAUGGGGCUUGGAGCAACCUGAUUCAGAGGGAGAUGUCUUUGCCCACGGCAGGGGGUGGAACUGGAUGGGCUUUGAGGUGCCUUCCCAUGCAAUCUAUUCCAUGAUUCCACAAUGCGCUUCAUGCCACCAGUGUCUGAAGAAAUGCUUCUGCCUUCAAUGAACAUUGUCAGAGUUCAUUGUAUGACUCUGGACAGGGAAUAAAAGUUAAUUGUGAUCGUUUCUGUCUCUGUUUCUUGCUCUCUUACUUAAGAACAUCUCCAGCAUGGAUUUUCCACAAAUAAAAAGAAGUCAUCAUCUCAAAAGUUCAGUUUCAAUAUGAAACAAAGGUGAGCUCUCAUCCUGCCAACUCCCACACGAGGGAACAUUCAAGCGAUGUGAACGAUGGCAAUGUCAUUGCUGUGUCCAGCUGUGCACCAUGGCCAGUGCUCAUCUGAGUCACCAAAAUGUCUAAAAGGAAAGAAAACAUCUCAAGAUGCCAUGAGGUUGGUCCAGAGCUGCUGGCACUGGGCACCACUGGAAAGAGUUUGGCCCCAGCCUCUGUGCACCCUCCCUUCAGGUAUUUAUACACAUCAUAAUCUCCCUCAGCCUCCUCUUCUCCAGGCUGAACAAGCCCAGCCCUCUCACGGUGUCCUCAUAGCAGAGAUGUUCCAGCCACUGCAGUGGUUUCAUGGCCCUUGGCUGGAUUCUCUCCAGUCUCUCAUACCGGGGAGCCCAGCACUGGACCCAGCACUCCAGGUGCUGAGCAGAGGGGAAGGAUCCCCCCUCGCAUCCUGCUAGCCACACUCCUCCUGCUGCAGCUCAGGAUACCUUUGGCCACCUCUGCUCACGGCCAGCUUGGUGCCCACCAGCACCUUCUCCAGGUGAGACCCCACCUGGAGCCCUGCAUCCAGUUCCAGAAUCCUCAGCACGGGAAGGACAUGGAGCUGUUAUCCUCUGCUAUGAGGACAGACUGAGAGAGUUGGGGUUGUUCAGGCUGGAGGAGAGAAGUCUCCAGGGAGACCUUAGAGGAGCUUCUAGCACUGAAAAGGGCUCCAGGAAAGCUGGGGAGGCGCUUUUGAUGAGGAAGUGCAGGGAUAGGACAAGGAACAGUUUUGAGCUGCAAGAGGGGAGAUUGAGAUGAGAACAUGGGAAGAAAUGUUCUCCUGUGAGGGUGGGGAGGCCUUGACCCAGGUUGCCCAGAGUGCAAGGAGU